CUAAAUCUGCUUGCUGCAGGUUUAGAAAGCUCUCAUUCUGCUUAGGUACAGCCUGUGGGGUGUCAGGCGUACCCCUGACUCCUGCUCCUGCCUUCUGUUCUUUGGCUGUUGCUGCUGAGGGUGGCUAAGGACCUUCAACUGAGAGGCCCCCCACCCUGCCCCCUGGAGCAGCACUGCCAGACCGAACCCACCCUGGGUUCCUGGCAUCUCAGCUACUGGAGCUGCCAGUCUCGGAUUACAGGAGGGGAGGGAGGGCAGGUCUGGAUCUCAAGACCUCAGUCCUAUGUGCAAUGCAAGCCCGAGUGCUCCGUCCGCCACGGGGAGACUGUGGCCGUGUGGGCUCUCUGUGCCAGGCCUCGGUAUUCACAGAGGGAGGUGGAAGUCCACACCGCCUGGCGGGACUUUACAGAGGCUCAGGAAAAAGAUGAACUGGUCCCAUUCCUGCGUCUCCUUCUACUGGAUUUACUUUGCUGUUUCCAGACUGAGAGCUGUAGAAACAGCCGAUGGAAAAUAUGCCCGGAAGUUGUUUCAUGACCUUUUUGAAGAUUAUUCCAGUGCUCUUCGUCCAGUGGAAGAUACAGAUAAAGUCCUGAAUGUCACGCUGCAGAUCACAUUGUCUCAGAUUAAGGAUAUGGAUGAAAGAAACCAAAUUCUGACCGCCUACCUAUGGAUCCGCCAAAUCUGGCACGACGCCUGUCUCACGUGGGACCGAGACCAGUACGACGGGCUCGACUCUAUCAGGAUUCCCAGCGACCUGGUGUGGAGGCCGGACAUUGUCCUGUAUAACAAGGCUGACGAUGAAUCUUCAGAGCCCGUGAAUACCAAUGUGGUCCUACGGUAUGAUGGGCUGAUCACCUGGGAUGCACCAGCCAUCACCAAAAGCUCCUGUGUGGUGGAUGUCACCUACUUCCCCUUUGAUAACCAGCAGUGCAACCUGACCUUUGGCUCCUGGACCUACAAUGGCAAUCAGGUGGACAUAUUCAACGCCCUGGACAGCGGUGAUCUCUCUGACUUCAUAGAGGACGUGGAAUGGGAGGUCCAUGGCAUGCCUGCUGUGAAGAACGUGAUCUCCUAUGGCUGCUGCUCUGAGCCUUACCCCGAUGUGACAUUCACUCUCCUUCUGAAGAGGAGGUCCUCCUUCUAUAUUGUCAACCUCCUCAUCCCAUGCGUCCUCAUAUCUUUUCUGGCUCCUUUGAGUUUUUAUCUCCCAGCAGCCUCUGGGGAAAAGGUCUCCCUGGGAGUGACCAUCCUGUUGGCCAUGACUGUAUUUCAGCUGAUGGUGGCAGAGAUCAUGCCAGCCUCAGAAAAUGUCCCUCUGAUAGGUAAAUAUUACAUAGCCACCAUGGCCUUGAUCACAGCCUCCACUGCCUUGACCAUUAUGGUGAUGAACAUCCACUUCUGUGGGGCCGAGGCCCGGCCAGUGCCACACUGGGCCAGAGUGGUCAUCCUGAAAUACAUGGCCAGGAUCUUAUUUGUCCACGAUGUGGGCGAGAGCUGCCUCCGCCACAGUAGGGAGCGGGACCACCUCACGAAGGUUUAUAGCCAACUCCCAGAGCCUGACCUGAAAACAGCCAGGAACAAAGACCUUUCCAGAAAGCAGAAACUGCAUGAUCUCUUAAAGAAUGACCUGGGGUGCCAGGGUGAGAAGGCACAGGAUGCCGACAGCUACUGCGCACGGUACAAAGUGCUGACGAGGAACAUCGAGUACAUCGCCAAGUGCCUCAAGGACCACAAGGCCACCCAUUCCAAGGGGAGCGAAUGGAAGAAGGUUGCAAAAGUCAUAGACCGAUUCUUCAUGUGGAUUUUUUUCAUCAUGGUGUUCGUGAUGACUAUUUUGAUUAUAGCAAGAGCAGAUUAGUAGGCAUUUGGUAUCUGGGGAGAAAUUAGUACAAUUCCCUGUGAUCUACUCCAAUGUUCUUCCAAGCCAGAUUUUGUUCUUAUAUAAUGGAGGGGUUAUAUUGUCUGUGCUUUUUAUUUUUAACUUCAAAGCAAUGUUGUGGCUACCUGGCAGGUUAAAUUAAGCAGGAGAUGCAAAAUAUCAAGGGUAGGAAGAUAGAGAAAGUAGGGAAGGACCCCUUUUACAGCUUACCAGAGUGUUGAAUGACCGGCCUCUAGUUUAUAUAUCAAUAAGUACUCACCUCUUUAGCAGUGUAGAUAACAAAGUAUACCACUUUAUUGCUCAAAAUUUAAAACAAAAAUGGCAAAACAAAACAAACUCAUUUCCCCCUUAGUUCCUAUUAGAACAUGCUUUUAAAAAAGGAGAUUAGUCAUGAUGCCUUUUUCAGGUGUGGUGCAUUUCAAGCCAAAUCGGAAAUGGUGGAAUAAAAGGUUUUGUCCCACAUAAAGAAAGUCUAAGGGUCAGCAAUUUAAUGGGAAAGAGAGCUUUCUUCAUAAUGCUGAUGUCAUAUAUGUUGGUUACAUUAAUACAAACCUGAAAGAUGAGGUCAUUCCUGUUUUUAGUCUUUGAUUAAAAUAAGAUAGAUGGCCUGACUCAAGCAUUACAAAAGCGACCCAUGUAACCAAGAACAUUUGUACCCCCUUAAUAUUUUGAAAUUUAAAAAAAUAACAUAGAUGAGAUUGUCAUGCCUUUAGUCUUUGAUUAAGAUAAGUUGAUUAGCAAGCCAGACUCAUUCAUUCAUUCAUUCAUUAACUGGUCACCAAACAUUUAUUAAGUUUCUCCUACAUAUAAUAAAGCUACAUGAUUCACAUUUGCAUUGGGCGCCAUAGCAAAUCUUGUACACAAGCUGAUCACUUUUUUUUUAAGACAGAGUCUCACUCUGUUCCCCGGGCUAGAGUGCCGUGGCAUCAGCCUAGCUCACAGC